CCAAUGCAAACUUCAGUGUGGUGGAUGAGUUGUGUGUGGAAAAAUAUCAGGAAAUUAAUUAAAUUAGAGAGUUGACAAGUUGCAGAGGGAAAUACGCAGAGAAAAGUGACCACGGAGUGACCAUCCGCGGUGGCAGUGUCGUGAGUGGACGUGAAAAGCGGAAAAUGUUGGUGGAUUGUUGUGUGUGACCUAAAAAAAAAGAGCCAAAGUGUAUUUUGUGUUGCUGAGAGGCAGCAAAAGAAAAUACGCCUUUUUCUCUUUUGGCGUUUUUUUUUCUUCUCACCGCCUUCCUCUUUCAUCGCCCCUUGGCUCACUAGGCGGAUGAGAUUUGUGAUCGUGUGAAGGUGAUUCCCUGUCCCAUUCGAAGAGGACCCCCAAAGUGACUUCAGUGGGCAUAAAAAGACGCGGAUAGAGUGAGAGUUCUUGCAAUUUUGCACCCCGAGGUGUGUUGCUGUCAAUGGUGUUUACAAAUUUUCCCAUUUGUGUAUUUAUGUCAUCCACCGAGGAAGGUGGAAGAGCGGGACGCGCACAUCUUGGGCAUCGGGGAGGGCAGUGAGUGUGAAAGAGAACCAGGAGGUCUCAGAGUGGAAGAUUUUCGGAGCAAUUGCAGGAGACUCCGCGAGGCUUUUUUUCUCGCCUUGUGGGAGAAUAUUUUGCGUGGAAAAUUCGCUCUCGCUACACUGCUAAAAAGGCGUCAUGUGAGGCAGUGUAGUAGUUUUCCAAGGAGCAACAGACGCCCAAUUGGAAUUACAGUGGGAGACAAAAAGCAAAGUGAGUGUGAGUGUUAUAAAUCUCUCUUGGAUUCUCUCACAGUUGACAGAUUACGCGCGCAAAGUGAGACAGUUUUUUGCAUCUCCCUCCCACAUCAUUGGACAAUGUAAAUCAUCUGCACAGAAGUCGGUGUGUGCGUGGUGAAUUCCCAAAGUGUUUGUUUAUUUUGUCAAUGGAGCAGGACUCAAAAGUAGAAUCCCGAAUGGCUGUGCCAUCGUCUUUGACCACGGAUGUCGUGGUGCCAGUAAAAGAGGAGGAAAAUCUCCUGAACAAAUCUCCAGUUUCCCAAUUAUCUGAUCCCCAACCAUCCUCGUCCAGUCAGCUGGACGAAGCGAUGGAUGUGAAACAGGAGAUCGAUCGAGUUGAUUUUAUGCCUCAGCCAUCCUCAAGCACAUCCCCAUCUACGGGCGAGGGAAGUGUCAGAGAGGAGAAAGACAUUAAAGUGAAGACGUCCAAGGACAGUGGACAACAAAGGAAUAGUGCUAAGUCGAAGGGUCCCACGUCCGGGAAAGGAGACAGUGUGAGGUCAUAUGCUAAUGGAAGUCUUCAGCCACCAACGGGUGGGAAACCUCUCAUGGCUGCCCUCACUAAGAAGCUUUCAAAGCCUCGUGGUAGACCAAAGCGGAAGGCUCUUGUAAAAAUGUAUCAGAGUGAGAUAAGUGACAACAAGUUGGGCAUCAAGUUGUGCAUCAAGAAAUCCGAUGCGCCAACAAUCAAGCAAAAGAGCAGCCGAAAACGUUCGCGAAAGUCCAAAGCACGGAGGGCGUCAGACAGUGAUGAUUCGGAUUAUGAGAAAAAGAGGCGGAAGGAAUUGAUUAAGCAACGAGCAAAUAAUAACACGGACAAGGAUAAGAAGGAUGCAGAUGAAUUUGUGGAACCAGAAGAGCAGAGUUGCUGGGGUUCAACGCUGCCCAAAAAUGUCCUGCAUACCAUUUUCCUCUAUGCCGUCCAGGAGGAGGGUUGCCUGCCCACGCUCAUUAAUUUGGGCAAGGUGUGUUCGCUGUGGUAUGAAGUGUCCCUAAAUUCAGCCCUCUGGCAUACGUUGGAUUUGAGUGCGUGGGUGAAGGAUCGUUUCAAGACUGAGCUGAAGCUCAAGUGGUUCAUUGAGAAUCGGUUCAGAGGUUGUCAGGAUGUCAAUGUGUCCAAUUGGAAGGUGACAAAUGUUCAGUGUGUGCUGGAGAAGAUGGUGGAUGCAUGUCCGAAUUUGGUGGGAAUUACUCUGGCUGGAUGGAAGUUUCUGCUGUGUGACCAUCUUAGCUAUAUUGUUGAGAACUUCAAGAAACUCCAGCGACUGGAUCUGAGCUCGAUUAAUCUCGAGGCAAAUGCCAAUAAAACUGCCGUUGGUUUCACAUCCCUAUGCAAUGCCAUACAAGGACUCAAUGAACGGCUGACGCAUUUACUGUUGGCACACAAUAAAUUGGGUGGACUUCCGCAAAUUAUUUCGGCACUUUCCACUCAUUGUCCAAAUUUGGUUCUCCUGGACUUUUCCAACAUCUGUACUCUGGCCAUGUCUCAUGCCAUCCUGCAUAUUGAGAAAUUGCAGCACGGUUGUCCCAAGCUCAAGGUGCUUCGGAUAACAAAUGCCCAAAUUACUCUCAGUCAAAUAUCUCUGCAAGAGCAGAUGGACUCACCAGGAUUCCCGGAAUUGGAAGAACUGAGUGUGGCCUCUCUGGCAGAAUCUCGUCUUAUCAAUGACGAAUUUGUCCAGAGAAUCCUGAAGACAAGUACAAAACUGAAGUUACUGGACGUUCGCGGUUGUGCAAGACUCACCCAUGACAGUCUCAUCAGACUUCCGGCAUGGGAUCUCAAGCAUCUGUUCCUCUCGGGUUGCUGUGUAACAAGGGAUUUGGGUUCUGGUUUGGAGUUGAUCGCCUCAAAGUGGGCACACAGUUUGACUGAGAUUGAUCUGGCUUGGGCAAAUGUCCAAGGACCUCUGGACAAUGCCUUGAAAGCGUUGGCCGAGAAGAAGUCUGAAUCUCCUCUCAGCCACUUGAAUUUGUGCGGUUCAUCAGUUUCUUUGGAGGCUGUUAAGGAGAUUCUGAGUAAUUGUCCUCAGUUGAGUUCUAUCAAUUUGUCCUCUUGCCGUGGACUUCCGCGUGGUUUUAAGCGACUUCUCCAGGGACCAACGGAGAUAUCGGAAUUGCGUGAGAAUCUCGGUGCACCGUUGCAAGUGGUUAAAAAGGAUGAAAGUACAUUGGAAUAAAAAAAUUGACAAAGUGCAAAGUAAGUGAAUUCAAUGGCAAUUUUAGUGUGUGAAUCACUUUAAAAAGUUUAAUUCUGGAGCCGAGUGAUCAAAUGGGUUUGAAAGGUGAAACAGAAUGUGUCUGGGACAGAAAAGAAAACAGACUAUUUGGUGUGUGCAUGAGAGAAUUGUAAUACUUUCUUCUAUAACUACGUAAAUAUGAAUUAAAAAUGAGAUAAAAAUACAAUUUUAUUUGGGGUGAAAUGAUUAUUAACACAGAGAAUUAAGAAAUUAAAAGAAAACACAUUUUUACACAAAUUGUAGUAAAUAAAAUAUAAAUAAUAAAAGAGAAGAGAAAUCACACAAAUAAGAGAAUUUUGUGAUAAAGAUAAAAAAAGAACAAGAUUUAUUUGUUGAAUGCAAUUGAGGAACAAUUAUUGUGUCGCAUGAGAUACACUAUUUUAGAAUUUUUAAGGAACAAAAAAGAAACACCUUAGAAUUAAGAAUUGUGUAUAGUUUUUUUCAUUUGGUGUUGCAAAAGAAUUAUUAACAAAGGAGAAAUUAACAAAAUUUUAAUCGUAUGUGAUAAAAAAAAAAUUGAACAGCAAAUAAGGCUUCUUUUGAUCACACUCAGCUUUUUGAUAAGUUGACAAUUUGGUACAAAUUUUUUAUUGAUUCUCGUUUUCUUGUGAAUCAAAAUCGAAUAACAGCUCUGUCGAAAAAAAAAUGAAGAAACUUCCGAAUGAUCUUUUCUGUGAAGCAGCAUUUUCUUGAUCUCAAUCUCAAAUAGAAUUGUUUAUGAGAAAAGCAAUAGAAAGGUUCUAAUGUUCUAAAUUCUUUUAUUUUUCUAUUUUUUCGCAAAAAAAACACUCGGUUUAUUUAGAGAUUAUUUUAUUAGAAGGUUUGGAUCAACUUGAUUUUAUGAGACCUUUUUUUACAUUGGAUAUUUGCAAAUAUGUACACUGAACUCUUCGAUUUUCGGGUGAUUGGGACCGAAAAUGACAGACAGAAACCCAUGCGAGAAGGAAGCGUUUGACAGCUGUCAUCCGAAGUGUAGGCUCUAUAGAACAGAGGUGUGCAAGAACCGUUUGAAACCGAAUAAACGUCAAAAUAAGUUUGUUCAAGUAGUGUUUUGACCAUUGACGUACAAGUUUCUUUUGACGUUUAUUCGGUUUCAAACCGUUCUUGCACUCCUCUGCAUAGAAGCAAAAAUCUUAAGUUCUUUUCGAGUCGGUUAUAUCUACCUUUAUCCUAUCUUCCUUUUCUAUUUUACUAGAAUUUGAUACCAUAAGCGAUUUUUGUAUCGUCGUUUGCGUCAUAUGCAAAUACUAUACCAGUCGAUGCAACUGACGAUAUUUCAGCGUCUCUUGAAGACAAUUAACUAUAGGGUAAAUGUCCUAAUUCAAAACCAUUUCCAGACGCUUUAAUUUUGACAGAAGAUUCAACACUAAGUUCAUAUUUUUUCUGAAGAGAAUUACAUAAAUUUGCUCCUUGACUCUUCUAGAAUAUUACUGUUUAGUGAAAAUUCUUUAGAUAUAAUUUGAAAACAUCUUAAAUACAAGAAAAAUACGCGAGCGUAAAAUGCUUCUAUUGGAAACAAAUUAAUCCAAAUGGAGGCAAGGGAAAGUUUCUAAUUGGAGACAAACAGUGUAAUGGCCUCUACACAUUGGGAGCAAUUUUUGUCAAAAAUUGCUUUUUUGAAGGAAAUUCCCUGCAGCGUUGCAGGGGGAAACGUCAAAUUUCUGUCAAAAACGCAAUUUUUGACGAAAAUUGCUCCCAAUGUGUAGACGCCUUAAGUGAAACCACGACGAAAGGCUUCCAAAACCUUGUUGAGUUGCUCCUGAGUGCAAGAUUUGUUCUUAUUCCUGAUCUUUUCUCCUUUCUCAUCUAAAACAAUAAGAAAAUCUCCCCAAAAAAUCAUAUUUCCGGGGUUUCCUAUUGAAGCAUUUGCAGGCACUUCAGAAAAACCCUUUUUGUUCACGAAAUAAGGUAAUUAUUUCAUUUGUAAACUUCACGUACCGUUACCAAUGAAGAUUAGCACUUAAUUUAACUAAAAUUAGCCAGAAAUAUGACAUAAAUGUUAAACAAAACGAAUAAACAAAAGCCACCUUAUUGUGUUUUUCAUUGGAAAACAUGGUCGAUCUAUCAAAAAUUCGAUGGUGAAAAGGUACACUUUCAAUUUUUCUGAGAAAUUAACAAAUUAAAAUUUGUGAAUAUGAAUGGAUUUUCGCUUUAUUUGAAGCAAAAUUAACUAAAUAAUGAAACUGAGGUAUGGAAAAUAUAUAAAUAUAAUAAUUUAGUGCUGUUUUUAUCAUGAAAACAGUGAUGUUUCCUUUUGGAAUAGCGAAAAAUUUCCAUUUGGAGCAGGUUUUGAAUUAGCUUAAUUUACCCUAUCGGAACUAUCGUUCGACAAAGCUAAUUAAAAAGAAGUAAAGACGAAUAAAAAGAAUCAAAUAUUGAGGGAUUGUGGCAAAUCUCAGACAGCUUGCAAUAUCGGACAUUUCUUUUAUUUCUCAAAAAUCCACAAAUGUUUAGUUUUUAUAUUUUUUAGAAGUUGUAAAAUGUUAAAGAAACGAAAGAAAAUCCUUUCAAGAGUUCCGGAAGGAUAAGAAAAUUUGAUAAACUUGAUGUCCGAUAUUACACACAAAUUAAUAUCUGUAUUUUUUAUUCAAUUUCAAAUGAAUUGCAGUAGACUCUCGCUAAUUCGGUUCCUUUAACAUCGGGCUACUUUUGAAUUCGGGCAGCAGUUAAAUUUGAAAAAAGUUUGUUGACAUUUUUCAAGUUCGAUUAUGAUUACCGAACGAACCAAAUUUGCCAUGUUUUGUCUCAGUUGUGAUGGGAUUUUGCAUUAUAAAGGGGCUUUCAUGAAAUUUAUAAUUAAUAUGAGUAUGUAAACAUAAUAUGAGUAUGCAGGUAAACAAAAGAUCGUUGUAUUUCAAACACUGUGAUGCCCGAAUUUCUCUCUAGUUCGGGUGACAUUUCUGUCCCAAAUGGCUGAAUUUGAAAGAGUCUACUGUAUAAUAAUUUAGUGAUUCUGUAGAUCUUUAUGAUAUUCUAUUGUGGAUCUUUUUCAUUAGGACCCAAACACAAUUCGCUAUCAUUUUUGGAUUUCCCCUUCCUUGAUAGCGCUUUUUCUUCUUUUUGCAAGGUGAAAUCUUUCACCGUGCUCAUUGCUUUGUGCACUAAGGUUGUCUGGGAAUAUUUUGAGAUGAAAAUGCAAAAAAGUGCAUUUUCAAGGGCUUUUUACAUCUCAUCUCCUCAGAAAGUAAAUUAUAUCAUAUCAGACAAAAUUCUACUUUAAAACUGAUCACUAGAUGCUUAUCAAGAGAUUUUUUUUUAAUUUCCAAUUUGAAAUUUUGGUAUUUCCCCACUGUACUUCAUGGGCUUUUUCUCUUUUGCCAAUUUAAAAAAAUUAAUAAAAUCUCAAAAUUACAAAUUGGAAAAGAUUUCAAAAUACCUAAAUUUAUCCUUUGCAAUUAUAUUAUAUAAUUAUUAAACAAAUUAAUAAUAGUGUCCAAUAUUGCAAACUGUCCGAAAUUUGACACAGUUCCCCUAAAUAAGAUUAAAAUGAUGUCUCCUUGUUAAAAAUCAAGAAAUUUAAAGUAUAGUCAUACCACUUGACCCAUUGAGUGCCCAGACCGAGAGUUACCGAAACCCAAGUCAAAAAGAACUCAGUCCUUGGGAAAUUAACGAUAUCCUUCUGAAAAUUCACAAAUUCGCUGCAAUACAGCCCUGAUGGCUCAAUGUUUAUUAGGCAAAUGUAUUCUCCCUUUGAACGUUCAUGCCUUCGAAUAAUGUGAAUUUCUUUUAUUUUUCCUAAGAGACUUAUAUAUAAUUAUCAAUGUAUUGAUAAAUCUAACUAAUGUUUAUUAGAAAUAUAUCAGUCUCCUAGGAAAAAUAAAAGAAAAUUUACAUUAUUCGAAGGCAUAAACUGAACGUUCGAAGGGAGAGUACUCUUUCCGUAUAAGUUCAAAAUUUUUGUUCGCAUAUUAUAGAUAUACAGAUUUAUUUCUCACCGUUUUUCCCAUUAAAAUUAAGAAAUAACACUUCUAUUUCUUUAAUUAGAACGAAUUUAGUGAAAUUCUUGAACAGAAAGUGAACCCUAUUGAAAGAGACGACGAGACUUCCCGCACACACGUCCAUAUAAAAUGAAUGGAAUAUCGAGUCCUAAGUUUACAGGAUAUAGGUUUCUGGCUAAAUCAUUUAUCUCACGCUGAUCAGGAGAUGUGAUUUAUCGAUGUCAGUUGUGCAAGUAAAUUCCGUGCCCGUGACGUUCCUUUUCUUAUAUACAAAAUCGAUCUACUCAGGGGGGUGACAUUAGCUCUGAAAAAUGCGACCAGUUUUAGUGUAAUUUUUUUCCUAUUUUCGUUCACAUUUCACGAGAUAUCUCCGAAACUACGUGGGUUGCCAAUUUGGGGUUUUCGGUUGUCCAUUCUAUAUUAAAUUGGCUUUUAUUUUGUAUUUGUAUUUUUUGCUAAUUAAUUCCACAAUGAUAGAAAACACCGAAUAAACUCCAAAGUUUUUUCGGCACGCUAGAAACAUAUGGCAAACAUAGGAAACGUCAUGCCCCUGGAUCUACUUAUGUUUGUGAACUGCUUGUAUUCAAUGCUUGAGCAUCUCUUAACCCUUUAAGGACAAUUGGGUCACCGGUGACUCAAAAAUGAAAUGUUUUCUAUGACCUUCUAAAGUUCGGUUUUGCACUUAAAAGUCAGAAAAAGUAAUUUUUUCUGACCCCUAAUUAUUGACCCUCUCGUCCUUAAAGGGUUAAGGCCUCUACACAUUCUCAAAAAUUUUGAUCAAAAGGGCAUUUUGACCCAUUUUAAUACGGUACGCACAUGUACAAACUAUUUACCUCAAAAUGCUCCAUUUUGUGGAAAAUUUUCCACAAUGUUUUGACUUCUUUCAAAAUUUAGAAUAAAAAAAGGUCUCAUAAAACAAAAGCGUUCAAAUUCAGAGUUUUUAAAGAGAUAUUCUUAAUAAAUACGUCAAUAUUUCCUUAUUCAAUAUUGACCAAUAAAAGAAAACAAACAAAAAAUAAUAAUUUGACAUAUUUUGUACAAAAACGUGUACAGAAAGUACAUAGGAUUAAAUUUAAAUAAAAAAAAUGAUUGAAUUAUAUUUAGCGAGUAAAAUUGUGUUACAAGUAGAAAAAAAUAACUUUUUCCUAACUGUUGUGUGCUUCUUAAUUUCCUCGCCUGAUAAAAAAAAAUUGGUAGCUGAUAAAAUGCCUCUUGUAGCUUUUUAAAACGCCAGAAAAGGAAAUUUUAAUAACAAAACAACCUGAAAUCGUCCUUUUCAAAUUGGUGUGUUUUGUAAGAAAAAGAAAAUUACUAAAGUUUCUAUAUUAUAUUGCUUAAUUCUUAAAAAGAAAAUAAAUACUAUACAUUCACAUCUAACCCAUUGAGCGCGCACUUGUUUUCGUUGCAGAACCGAAAGAAAAAAAAUUGGAAUAAAAUAAACUCAAAUUUUACCAAGAGAAAAUCUUCACCAUUGAAAAUAAGAUUUUUGUGGUACAAAAGUGUCAAAUUAUUUACCACAUAAUUGUUGACCUUCCAAUGAUGUUUUAAUGUAAAAUAAAAGAUAUAAGAAAAUUAAUGUACAAAAAUAUUUCACUAUCAAAUAGGUUUUUUUUAACAACUUUCAAAGCAAUUUCACUACCUUUUUUUGUUUUAAGCUGAUAAAAAAGUUCAUCAUGCAAAACUCAUUCUAAAAAAAAACAAUCUCACUCGUAUCUGCAAAAAUUUG